AUGAUGCACAACGACAGCAACGGAUUAGCAUCCGAUGAUAUUAGACAACAGAUGGCAGACCUUGAGAUCGAGGAUGACCAAAUUCCAUCCCCAAUGGCAUUUGCUGGAUGGCAUUCCAAGCCACCUCCAGUACCUAAAUUAAAGAGUGCCGGGGUGAUUGCCAUAGAUAUUACUGAGCAGUUCAUAAAUGCUGCCCAACAGCUUGACGAUGGGGAGCUUGUCAAAGACCCAUUCUUCGCGCUCUUCGACUCGGUUGGCGCUUUAGAGAUUAUGGACCCAAAAAUGGAUAGCGGUUACCUGGAACCUGGUGAAACCAUGGAGGACGAAUACGAUUUUAGUCAGCCUCUACUUCCAGAAGAAAUUAUAGGGAUUAUUGACCAGCUUCUUUGCCAUGAGAUGGCAUGGCAUAUGGGCCAUCCACUCGCCCAAACACUUUUCACCAGUCUAUACGUCGAUAGACUCUUAGACCCUUGUCCUACCAGCCUCUCACAUUUAUAUUUUGAUAGGAGUGAAAGCUGCGAAGAUGAACCCUUGACCCUUCAGGUUCUCAAAGCCUAUUGUCUCGGUCUCAUCAAAACCUGCUGUUAUGUAAACAACAGGGUUAAAGCGGAGCACUAUUAUGAGGAGGAAGACUUUGUCACGCAUACCUUCCACCGGAACUUGCUGGAAAAUUUCGAAAACAAUGACAUCCUAACGCUCAUUCAAGAAUCUUUAGAGCAAAUAUCAAAUUCCAAUGACAUUUUGCCAGAAGUGAAAGCUGCCCUAGAAUGCCGGCUCCGAUUUCGAGAAGCUUUCCUCACCACAGCUGAAAUAGCAGAAUCAAGAACAUCCUCAGAAACUAUCAAGACACAGUGGGAAAGUCUGCAAGCUUUGUUACCAACCCUCAAGUCAUCUACCAAGCUAGGAAAGCCCGUUCCAGCAUCUUUCAGUGUUAAGCUGCAGCGAAAAUUGGCAAGCACUGUCCCGCCACGCCCUAUUGUGCAUAUAAGCCUAGAUACUGCUUAUGACCACUUGGAAAGGCUCUGCCGGGAUGGUUCAAUAGCCGCUGAAGUUUUGAAAUAUUACGACAGCCAUAGUCUCAUGACUUUUGUAUUUCUAUUUCAAGCACGUAAACCGCAGCCAUCGAUUUACAUUCGAACACUAUUGCAGCACUAUUUAUUUGGAGAUAUGGUAAUCUUGGGAACAAUGUCUAUCCGACAACUCCUGGAUGAUGACUUAUCAAGCACUGUAUUGCCCGCAAAUAAGAUUCUCGAUCGGGCGAAUGACGAGGUCGAACUUCCAAGUGAUCCGCGAUUCAAGAUGGCCAAUGAUACCGAGGUUUUCCGAUCUCGAGCGGCAGGUUCGUACUUGGAUAUUCUACGUACUAUUUGUCAGAACAGAUGCCGCAUUCGCCGUACGUUAGCUCGUACCGUCGCAGAUUUCGAGAUACUUCAAUUAGAUUCCGAGGAGUUGGAUAUGGAACUUCGUCAGUAUACCCAGGAGGAGCCGAUCAGGGAUCGCGAGAUCUCGAGCGAGCCGAUAUAUUCAUUUCCAUUGUCUUCAUGGGCGUACUUCUACAAACUCCGUCAGAUGGAAUGGCUAUUACAGAUGGGCUUUGAACUCGAGAUCUAUCAACAAGAUGAAUUGGCCUCCAUGUUCUGGUAUCUGCAAUAUCUGGCCAAAACGCGCAGUCGACAUCUUGAACGGAUACGAGGAUUCAACGUCCGAGGAUUCAACGAGUCCAGGCGAAAUCCCGCGGCCGUGGGCGAAAGGCACGCAGAAUUCAUCAAUGCACUUGCUUUUAUCAAUUACUCCAGCCUGGAAGCUUCGGCCACAUAUGGAUUCGCAGAUGCCUUGUCCUGCCUAUUUACUGUCCUUAGGCGGCUCUCGCUCAUCCACUCACCUCCCCGGCCAUAUAGUAAUGAUCAACAGAGAUACGAAGUCCGAAUGAAGCCAUUUCGUCUUGUUGGGCUUCCCGAACUCGUCCCAUUUGACGAGCUGAAGCGGCAGGUAACACAGCCAGGGGAGACAACGUUGGAUCUCUUGAAAUAUGCAGCAGAAUCAGCUAUGGCAGCUAAGAAGGCUUUUGAGGUCAUGAGCAAAUUGAGUGCAAGGGAUGCCUUUUGCCAAGGCUCGUAUGAUAGCUGGCUUAAAAAUAUCAAGGAUACCUUGAAGGCGUGUAUUUUCACGGGUAUUACGAUUGCAACGGUCAAGAAGGCGGUUGAGACUACGGCGAAAAAUGGGAAGGUCCAAAUCAAGGUUGAGAUCCCUGCGACUGGAAAGGGGUAUCAUGAUUGGUGGGUUGUACCAAAGGUUAUACCAGUUCUUUGA